AUGGAGAAACCCCCAACUCUAGACCUCUACGACGGGACCACAUAUCCUGACGACCACAUCCGGAGCAUUGAAGCCGUCAUGGACUACCACGUGGUCCGAGGAUCUAUCAAAUGUCGGAUCUUUCCGAUUAUGCUCAGGAAAGGAGCGAUGACCUGGUACAGUAACCUUCCUCCCAACUCCAUCCACUCUUGCUUAAAACUCAAGAAAUUCUUCUCGAACCACUUCACAGCCUCUCGUCGGCAGCCGAAGUCUGAAGCGUCCCUCGAGGCCGUAAUUCAAUGGGCCAACGAACCUCUCCGAGAAUACCUCGACAAGUUCAAUAAAGAGGCCGUUCAGGUGCAGACAACUGAUCACAUGAAGAGAUACCUCCUGGAACGGGGACUCCUCCCCGACAGUGACUUUAAGAAAGCUAUCAAAAUCGAGAAAGUACGCACCAUGGACGCCCUUCUACUCAAAGCUCAAGCCUACAUCGCCUAUGAGGAAGGCAAAGCAGCCGUAAAGAAAGGCUUGAGAGGCAACGACGCUACCCGUAGUUCAAGCCAAGACUAUUAUCUUUCUCGCCGAGGCAACGAAAAGAGAAUAGACGACAGGCCCCGUGACACUAAGGAGCGGAGAGGACCAGCUGGCCGGUUCAACGACUACACCCUGCUGAUCACUUCUCACGAGCGCAUUCUGACUGAUUGCAAAAACACAGAGUUCAAAAACUCCAACGUUCGGCCCCCGAAGCCAAAUCCCACCAGACCGGGGACCGACAAGUCCAAAUACAGGAAGUACAACAGGAGUCAUGGGCACCUAAUCGACGAGUGCAUACACCUGAAAGACGCCAUCGAGACUCUGAUCAAAGAAGGUCGUCUCUCCAAGUAUACGAAGAAAGGAGAGACUUCCCGGCGAGAAGGGCAAGGGACUUCUGAUGGGGAUAAUUCACCAGAUGACAGACCACUGCAGGUUUCCAUAUCCGUCACCCGACCAGAAGACUUCAUACCCUCGGUCGAAGUGACCUCCGCCCUGAGCCCAUGA